CCUCCAGCAUUUCAAAUUCCCACCUUUCUCUCUCUACGCCAAAUAGCCGUUUGAACUCCGAAGCGUUUCUCUCUAUUUCUCUCUCUAGAACACUUAGCAAUCUUUGAGAAAUCUCAGACAGAGAAAAGAUCAAGAAUUCAGAAAUGGCGACGAACAUUGGUAUGAUGGAUUCCGCUUACUUCGUUGGAAGAUCUGAGAUCUUGGCCUGGAUCAAUUCUACUCUCCAUCUCAACCUCUCCAAAGUCGAAGAGGCGUGUUCUGGAGCCGUUCAGUGCCAGUUGAUGGACGCGGCGCAUCCAGGAAUAGUGCCGAUGCACAAGGUCAACUUCGAUGCCAAGAGCGAGUACGAGAUGAUCCAGAAUUACAAGGUUCUUCAGGAUGUUUUCAACAAAUUAAAAAUCACCAGGCACAUUGAGGUGAGCAAGCUCGUGAAAGGUAGGCCUCUUGACAAUUUGGAGUUCAUGCAAUGGAUGAAGCGAUACUGCGAUUCUGUAAAUGGAGGCGUUCUGUACAGUUACAAUCCACUGGAAAGGAGAGAGGCUUGCAAGGGAGGAAAAGAAGCAAGCAAGAAAGGUGCACAGUCGCAAUCAUCGUCGAAGGGCACAACAGCUGCACCAAAAACCCAGUCCUCCCACAAUGCUCGAAGAAAUGAUGCAUCUUCUGUUAACACUGCAAAUCAACAAGUCAAGGCCUCAAAACCUCCUCCUAGUGUAGGUCCUGCAUAUGAUGAACAGAUCACUGAGUUGAAGCUGUCAGUGGAUAGCCUUGAGAAGGAAAGGGAUUUCUACUUUGCUAAGUUGAGGGAUAUUGAGAUACUAUGUCAGAGUCCUGAAAUAGAACACCUUCCGGUUGUUGAAGCUAUAAAGAAGAUUCUGUAUGCUACAGAUGAUGAUGCAACAGUUGUAGCUGAAGCUCAAGCCAUGGUGUCCCACCACCUAAAGGAAGCUGAGCCCUUGAGUCCCAUCGCUGAGGUUUCAGAGGAAAAAACGAGUUCAGAAGCUCAGAAGAGGAAAGUUAUCGUUAAUGUUGAUUUUGAUGCAGCUGGAAUCACAACAUUGUCUCCAAGGCAAAGAAUUUCUGAUACUUCUGAUGUUCACUGCAGUGGAUCAGCUCUUAUGACCUACUAGAUUGUUUUUCUAUGUCAUAUGUUCAAAAAGCCCAGUACAGUGUUGUAGUAAAACAAUGUUAAUGGACCUGGGAUUUUAUAUACUUGGUUGUAUGAGAGCAGCUUCUGCUUUUGUACGUUUGUCUUGUCUGCUUAUGAUAUGUUGUAAGAAAUUAAUUCUUUAUCUCAUUUUUGGCUCAUGAGAUAAACUUAUGGUUUUAUAUACCAAAGUGAUGGCUGCGGCUUUUAUAUUUCA